AUUCAAUAACAUCCUCACUUCCCUAGCUGGCGUCAGCGACUCCAAAAGCUUUGACCAGUCCUGUGACUCUGCAGACCAAAGCCAUAAUCAUGUCACUGCGAGACUGCCAGGCAUGGAAGGAUGCUGGUCUCCCACUCUCAACCACAAGCAAUGAAGCCUGCAAGCUGUUUGAUGCCACCUUGACCCAGUACGUCAAGUGGACCAAUGACAAGAGUCUUGGUGGCAUCGAGGGCUGCUUGUCAAAGCUCAGGGCAGCAGAUCCGACCUUUGCCAUGGGCCUUGCCAUCUCUAAUGGCCUUAUGCUCGUUGGCACGGGAACCUCCGUGAAGCUGGACAAAGACCUGGACCUGGCUGUGAAGACCAUGGUGGAGCUUUCCCAAACCCAGAAUCUGACACCUCGGGAGCAGCUGCAUGUGUCUGCGGUGGAGACAUUUGCCAAGGGGAACUUCGCCAAAGCAUGUGAUCUCUGGGAACGAAUCCUCCGGGACCACCCAACAGACAUGUUGGCCCUGAAGUUUGCCCAUGAUUCCUACUUUUACCUGGGCUACCAGGAGCAGAUGCGGGAUUCUGUGGCUCGAGUUUACCCCUUUUGGACACGUGACAUCCCCCUUAACAGCUAUGUGAAAGGCAUCUAUUCUUUCGGACUGAUGGAAACCAACUUCUAUGACCAGGCACAAAAGCUUGCCAAAGAGGCUUUAUCUAUAGAGCCUACGGACGCAUGGUCAGUGCACACUGUGGCCCACGUACAUGAAAUGAAAGCAGAGGUCAAAGACGGGCUGGAGUUCAUGCAGCAUUCCGAAGGCCACUGGAAGGACUCCGAUAUGCUGGCUUGCCAUAAUUACUGGCACUGGGCCCUGUACUUGAUUGAAAAGGGAGAAUACGAGGCUGCACUCACCAUCUACGACAACCAUAUCCUCCCCAGCCUGCAGGCCAGUGGUGCCAUGCUGGAUGUGGUGGACAGCUGUUCCAUGCUCUACCGUCUUCAGAUGGAAGGGGUGUCCGUUGGCCAGCGGUGGCAGGCUGUUCUACCUGUGACCAAGAAGCACACCCGAGACCACAUCCUUCUGUUCAAUGAUGCUCACUUCCUGAUGGCCUCGCUGGGUGCACGGGACCUCCAGACCACACAGGAGCUGCUGACCACCCUGCAGGAGGCCAGCAAGUCACCAGGGGAGAACUGCCAGCACCAGUUGGCGAAAGACAUUGGGCUGCCCCUGUGCCAGGCCCUUGUGGAGGCUGAGAAUGGAAACCCUGACCGAGUCUUAGAGCUCCUUUUGCCAAUCCGAUACAAAAUUGUCCAGAUCGGGGGCAGCAACGCCCAGAGAGAUGUCUUCAAUCAACUGCUGAUUCACGCGGCCUUAACCUGCACCUCCAGCGUCCAUAAGAAUGUGGCCCGGAGCCUUCUGAUGGAACGUGACGCCUUGAAACCCAACUCACCCCUGACUGAGCGGCUGAUCCGCAAGGCAGCCGCUGUCCAUCUUAUGCAGUGACAAUGGCCAGGUCCUUGGCCUGCAGCUCAGCACUGACCUCCUGGCGUUAGGUGGACUGCCUGGUUGGGCUAGGGUUAGGAAACAGCUGGGUCUGUUUGCCAGAGAGUAACGUUCAGUCCUGGUAGAAUUCUCCAGAUCAGUAGUUGGGUAGAAAUAGGAAACACACGUUAAUUUUGAGUGAUAUUCAGAAUUCCUCUCAGGGCCAACAUGCAUUUUAAGCCUCCAGUUCCAAAGCAGUGCUAUCAUUUGCAAGUGCCUUCAACAUUGUAUUUUCUUGUUCUGAAGCCAGCAGGCAGUGAAGAGAUGUAGCUAGCUCAUGUGGGAGGUUUAGAAGUAUCCAGCCGUGUACAUGCACACACACUGCACUAGUAAAACCUUUCCAUUUAGUUUUCCUUAUCUUCUACACAGGUCCGGCUGUCCCAUUUCCCUGGGGAGGGGUCCCAGUGAGCUGCUUGGGGUCCCAGCCAGCAAAGGCAUUUCCUUUUUGGGGGAGGGUAUCUGUCUCAUUGGCUUUGUUUGUCAGCCCCAGACUACUGCACCUGCCACCGUCCCCAAAGAUGAGGGGAAGGAUGCCUUCUGCCUCACUGGGGGAUUUGGUGGUGCCAACUGGAGCUUCUCUUUAAACUGCACAUGGGAGCAAAGCUUGAGGGGUGUGGCUUCCUUGGCUAACUCUGAUUCUUCUCCUGAGUGGGGCUGAGACCCCAGCUGUCUUAGUUAGGGUUUUACUGCUGUGAAGAGACACCAUGACCAAGGCAACUCUUACAAAGGACAACAUUGAAUUAGGACUGGCUCACAGUUUCAGAAGUUCAGUCCACUAUCAUCAUGUCGGGAAGCAUGGCAGCAUCCAGGCAGGCAUGGUGCUGGAGAGCUGAGACUUCUACAUUUUAAACUGAAUGCAUCCAUAAGGAGACCGCCUUCUGCUUGCAGCCAGCAGGAGGGUCUCUUCCGCACUGGACAGAGCUUGAGCAUGAGGAGCCCUUGAAGCCCUCCUUCACAGUGACAUACUUCCUCCAACAAGGACACAUCUCCUAAGAGUGUCACUCCCUGUGGGCCAAGUAUUUAAACAGAUGAGUCCUUGGGGGCCAACCCUAUUCAAACCACUAUACCAGCUUGGGGCUGCUCUGCUGUGGCAAGUUACCAGAUAACGGACAUAGCAGCCACCAGGUUUGAACCCAUGUCCUGCUUCUGUGACAAGGACAUCCCUCCUGGAAAUUGAUGCAGUAUUUGCAGGCUUUAGUGAAAGUAGGCAUAAAUCUACCAGAGACAGGCGACUGAUUUAAAGAGAAAGGUGGAUGUGUCUGAAGAGAUGGCACCACGGCUAUGCACUUGUUGUUCUUCUAGAUGACCAGAGUUCAGUACCUAGCACCCACCUAGAGCCUGUACCUCUACCCUUGGGGCAUCUGACACUCUCUUCUGGCCUCUGUAGGCACUGGCAUAAUGUACGCAUGCGCACAUCGAAAAAUAAAAAUAAAAAAUAGA